AUACAGAAUUAAAUAGAAACUGUCAAAUCUUGUUUUUUAUCUAACAAGAUUCAUCUUAGUUUGCAUCGAGACCACGAGAGGGCGAUAGUAGGUACUUAACGCCAUGACAGUAUAAUACUAUCAACAAAUAUUAUUUAUUUUCAUAUGAUAUAGUAGGAUAUGGGCCAUUUAUUUUGAAAGUUGUGUAAGUUCAACUGACAUAUUUAGGUUGUUUAGCAGAUGGUUGUCAAUCAAUAAUCUGUUAUUUUACAUUUGUUUUAUAUUACGUGUCAAGAGUUACUAUAGUUUAGGUUACUUAUUUUAUUAUUUUUCUAAUAUAUAUAUAAAUUCAUAUUAACAUCAGAUAGUAAUAUAGAGUAAUAAAGACCAUGAAUAUAAACGAAAAAAUAAUCUCAGAUUCAGAGGAUGAAGAUAAUUCCGUUAUUAACAACAAAUUAACGAAUUGUAAAAAGAAAACAACAAUAACAGAGACCUUCGUUAGAUCAUCUUCAUCAAAUGAGAAUACUGUUACGGAGAACUUAAAUUCUGCAAAACAAUAUAAAGAAAAAUAUAUGCAACAAGUAAACAAAAUUAAACGAAAUACUGGACAAGGGUACUAUACGAAAAAAGGAAAAUUCAUUGAAGCAAAAAAAUUUCAAUCAAUAAAUUGUAAUUGUUCGAAGGAAUGUAUGAAACGUGUUAAUGAAACAGAACGUAAAGCAAUUUUUCAUAAGUUUUGGAAUAUGGGUGAUUUUAAUAAACAAAAUGUAUUUCUCAAAUCUAAUGUUCAACGUAAAACUGUCAAUAGAAGAAGACCUAGAAAUAAUUUGGGCAUUAUAAGGGCAUACACUUAUAAAUUUUAUCUAAUGAUUUCUGAUGAAAACAUUUUAGUAUGUAAAAAGUUUUUCAUUGAUACAUUUCAAAUAUCUUCCGGACGAAUUAAUCGUAUUUUAAAAGUUUAUGAGAAUAUUCCGCAAGAUAUGCGUGGAAAAAUGGAUGGUUCUUCUAGAAAAACUAGUGAAUUAAUGAUAAAUACUGUGAGAGAACACUUAAGAUCCCUAAAUUGGGAUCAAAAUCAAAAUUACCAAACAAUGUAUAAUUUAUAUUUAAAAAAAUGCAAGGAAAAAAAUUUGAAUCCAGUCAAAAUAUGGACAUAUAGGAAAAUUGCCCAGGAGCGUUUGUACUAAAAUGACACAGGCCUAUUAUUUAGAAAAAAAAAAAAAAAA